GUACAUGUAACAGCUGGGCGAAAUCUGUUGCGAUGGCCUGCACGCACCGCCGUUUUUGAUCCAAACGACAAGCACUGUCGGCCGCAUGUGAACACGGCCGAUUGCAGCAUGUUCGACUUCGUUGGCACAACAAUUUACGGCAAGAACCCGACGACCAGUUCUGAAUCUCAACUCACAUCUCCUGGAACCGACACAUCAGUUUUCCUACUCUGGACCGAGUCCCGCCGCCUUGUGGCCGGUGUCAUCGACAUUAAUUGCAUUUGCGGCACGACUGUACCGGGCGUAGCGUAGCGUUCUGUAUGCAGCCCUAUCUGGAAAGAUACAGAACUGUCGUGUUGUCAUCCAGGCGGACGGGACGGUUUGUGUAACGCCAAGUUUUGGGCGCGGAUCCACUUUGACUGCACUGCACUGCAUUUCAAACGCAUUCGUUGUUGCGCUUGAUGAACACCACGGAUACGAGAUGGGUUGGAUCCGGUGACCUGGAUGGUGUUUGAAGCGUGGAUGGAUAAAUUGCUGCUGGAGCUGACACUUCUCUUCCUUUCUCUCACCUUACUCGCCAUCAUGUUGAGCACGAUCAGACAUUCUCUCCAUCUUUCUUUUCCGUCGUCAAGGAAGCGUCACACUGAAGCCCAAUCCGAUGCCUGCUCGACCAGAACCAGAACAGACCUCAAGAGCAUUGCCACAAGAUGGGUCGACAGCAAACGACCUUCCAAAUGCAUCAAUUCAGAAUCG